AUGAGUAGGCUGUCUCAACUUGUGAUGAGAAAUAAUACAUUUGAAGGCCAGUUUCCUUGUGGAGCAGCUCCAUUCUCAUUUCUUGAUAUUUCACAUAACUCUUUCUCUGGGCCCAUCCCAUCCUGCUUAAAUUUGCAACAUAUGGAGCAUCUUCAUUUGGGUUCCAACAGAUUCACAGGAUCAAUACCCAAUUACUUUCGUAAUUUGACUAACGUUUUGACUUUGGACAUAGGCGACAACAACUUGUCAGGGAGGAUUCCUAAAUUUCUUGGCGAACUAUCCAAUUUAAGGAUUCUUCUUUUGAGAAAAAACAACUUUAGUGGCUCUAUUCCAAAGCAGCUGUGCCAAUUAAGUAAUGUGAGUUUGAUAGAUUUAUCCGACAACUCCCUUUCUAGUUCAAUACCAAGUUGCCUACAAAAUAUUACAGGCCCAAGUGACCUUGCUUUUAUGAAACAAAGCGUUAGGGUAUACCCUAGUCAUUUGUUGUAUAAUUAUAGGAGUGUUCUAGAUAAAACAUUUUAUACAGAGGACCACAAUCAUAUGUUUGAAAUACAAGAUGAAGUUCAGUUUACUACAAAAAGCCUCUCUCUCCCAUACAAGGGUGAUGCCCUUGAUAUCAUGUUGGGAUUGGAUCUAUCGUGUAACAAACUAACAGGUGAAAUUCCAGAAGAAUUGGGGUUGUUAACACAGAUUCGUGCUUUGAACCUGUCACAGAAUCAGCUGACUGGACCAAUUCCAGUGACCUUCUCAAAUCUUGCAAAGAUAGAGAGCUUGGACCUUUCUUCAAAUGGUUUAACUGGCAGAGUUCCAUCAGAACUGAUUAAGCUUACUUCGUUAUCUGUUUUCAAUGUUUCUCAAAACAAUCUAUCACGAAGACUCCCAGAAAUGAAAUCACAGUUUGGUACCUUUACAGAGGCAAGCUAUGAAGGGAAUCCACUUCUUUGUGGACCACCACUGGUGAAGAAAUGCGCGACUAAAUCACAAGUAACAGAUCCACCAGCCGAAGAAGAUACUGAGAAAUGGUAUGAUAUCGAUAUGUCAUGCUUCUAUGGAAGUUGUAGUUCGACAUGUGUUGUGUUCUUAUUGGGAUUUGCUGGACUUCUUUACACCAAUCCUCAAUGGCGUAGAAGGUGGCUAGACUGGGUUGAAGAUUGUUUGUUUACAUGUUAUUACCUCCUUUAUGAUUCAAUACGCAAGCUCUCCAUACCCUUCCAUAAAUAG